ACAAAGAUCCAAAUCGCUGUACAUAAUUGCAGUUUAUUGCGGAAUAUGUGCGGUGAAGAACUGAUGUAGUAAUAUUGUGCACAUAUUGAAGUAUCAUUAGUGAAGUGUCGAUGAACUCUAAACACAUCGUGCUCUUUACUGGUCGACGACGGCUCAACCUGUACUCAGGUCCGUGUUUUCAGUCACGGCAGAUGAUGAUUGUGUUGCUGUUGCUGGGUGCCUGUUUUUGUGUGGGCUUCUCCUUAGAUGAGGAGGAGUACGGGAACACAUUCAGGUGGAAGCUGCACAGAGGGGCUCGAUCCAUCGAGUUCACCCGUCAGUACCACUCGGUUGCGACGGUCGUGUGGCAGCGUGGUGGUCCUUCAGGCAGAGAGGACAGUAGGCAGAAGGUGAUAGACGGCUACUUUGUGUUAAGUAAUUUAACCCAGAAAGACAGUGGCCGCUACAUAAUGAGAGACCUUCAUCGUUUACCACUGGAAAUCAAGACCAUUGGAGUUGUAGCAAACUCGAGGUCCUAUGUACGGAGUCCUGGUGAAAGCCUCAGUAUCACUUUUGAUCUAGAACGGAGCUCCUGCAACAUUUUCUUCCUCCCAAAAGACAACCAUAUCUACGAAAGGCUUGAGAUAGUUCUUCAAGGCAGCCUGGAGACGUAUAUGUAUAAUCAUGAUUGCAAUGGGUUUACUCUGUUAAAGCCAUGUGGGAUUUUAAAUGAGGACCUCUCAGUAUCGUGCCAAGGCCACUUUGAGGUCAAAGAUUCAAAUGACAACACGGCCUUAGUGGUGCUACUGGAAAUGGAAGAACCAGAAUUUGAUACAUCUAAAAUUGGGAUUGGCAUUGGUGUUUCCUUGGCUGUAAUGUCCUGCUGUACCUGCAUGAGGCGCUGCUGUUGUGGCAAGAAGUCCUCCAAAAAGGACACAUCUGAGACUCCUGAUGCUGAACCUGCUGUGCAUUACCAUGAGUAUGACAGGGAGCCUGUUGGACCGAGGCCAGAGCACCUGAGCCCGCCCUCUGACCAAAACUACCCCGCUCCGCCCUCUUACUCUCCGACUGGCCCGCUGAUACACAACCCUCCUAUGAAUGUGCCGCCAUCUUAUUCCGAGGUUUCGGCUCCAGCAGAGCAGCCGGACGCUCCGGCUCUGCCGUCCAUGUCUGCCGCCCCCGUCCUCUCUGAGCCUGACCCGCAGUUUCAGCUGAAGGGGAUGGACUACCCCUCCAUACUCGGGUCGGGCUCGGCUAUCAGCGAUGUCUAUUGCUCAGACAAACUGAACUUCCUCUGAAAGCCUUGAUUUUGAAAGGUGCUCUCAAGUCUGUGAUCUCAUUCGUUAGUGUGACGUUAAGGGAAUUCAACAGUUUGGGAAAUGCACUUAUUCACCAGUGGCUUCCUGGAGUCUGUGCUGGUUGCCUGGCAACUGGUCCCAGCCAAGAAAAAGUUUGGCACAUUUGUUGUUUUUAUGCUUAUGCAAGAUAUAACAUGUUAAUUAGUGAGCAUUAGUGAGGCAAAUGUAUUUUAGGGUAGAUAGAAGAAACUAGGUGUUUCCCCCUGUUUCUGGUUUUAUGCUAAGCUAAGCUUCAUAUAUACCUCACAGACAUGACGGUGGUGUAACCUCAUCUAAAUGUCAGCAAGAAGCGAAUUAGUAAAUUUCUUAAAAUGUGAGACUAUUUUAACAUUCACACAGCUUCAGGGGCUUAUUACACAGAAAGACACACGUUGGUUCCUCACACACUGACAGAUCUGUUCCUCCACAGACCGCAAAUCCAACGAUGCUUCACUGUGCCAAAUUUUGUGACAGUUGGCAAAAAAAUUAUGGCAAAAGUGAAGGCCACAUUUUGCGUCUGAGUCAGACCCAUUUUUUCUAAUUUACUAUGAACCUCAGAGCCUUCAAAAGCCGCAUGUGUGACGAGCGGAGUGAAAGCCUACCGGAGGAUCACAGAGUCAAAGCCGUAGGAGAAAGGGAAACUUUCAAUUAAAAAACACUUUUGUUAUUUCCAAUAAUUCUCCACCCCACGUCUCACUUUUGCAUCCCUGCACUUCAGUCGGGGAUACAAGACUUGCUGCAGACCAGUUUGACUUUUCAGGGAAGACACAAACCAAAUCAAGUAGCCUUAUCUCUGCUAAACUCUCUCUUUUUAAACUGCCCCUUGGGAGUCACCUCGCAGCUCUAAUCUACCGUAUAAAGCCUUGUUGUUGAAAUUGGUGCUUGCAUUAUGCAGUUCGGUGAUUAACUUCACACAAGCUGUCGACGUUUACUCAUACUGGUAUACUGUGCAGCUACUGUACUGUAGAAACCUGUGAAUGAGCUCAGGUGAGCCAAAUGCACAGUGACUGUGUGAAAACACCACAAGCACCGGUUGCCUUUUCCAUGUGCACUCGCACUGCACUCGAACUGAAUAUCUGUCGCUGCAGUUGUGACUUUCAGACAUGCAUGUACUAAACACAACUCCAGAGCAUGUGUCCAGAGAUUUAGUCAUUAUUCAUUACGUAGAGGUCUGUUCUGUUUUUGCAUGUCGUGGUGGCAGUGUGUUUGUCAACUUGAGCCUUUAUGAGGACGACAUAUGAGCAGUUUGUGUGACAUUUUAAAACAAGCGAGCAUCUUGUGAUUGUAUCUCACUGUAUUUCGUGUCAGGCGCAUCAGCGCUAAUAAAACCCUAACGAACA